AUGAGCUUCAAGGAAGAAGAGCCUACAACAAGCGCAGAAUAUAGCACAACUGAAUACAAUUCUUCACGAUGGACACGGUUCAAAGAUUCUUUCAAAAGAGCUGAAGAAGCCGAGGUUAAUUCAGGAAGCUCAACCAAUGAUUUAGAAGCCAAUUCGUCGAGCGAAGGAGAUCUACAUCGUGACUUGAAAAAUAGACAUGUUCAAAUGAUUGCACUUGGAGGAUCAAUAGGGACCGGAUUGUUAAUUGGUUCAGGUGGAGCAUUGAGUCAGGGUGGACCGGCCAGUUUGGUGAUUGCAUGGGGUUUAGUUGGAACAAUGGUAUUUUGUGUCAUACAUGCCUUGGGAGAAUUGUGUGUUGCAUUCCCAGUUAAUGGUGCUUUUUCCACAUACGCAACAAGAUUCAUAGACCAAUCAUGGGGGUUUGCUGUUGGUUGGAACUACGCAAUCAUGUGGUUGUUUGUGUUGCCGUUGGAGUUGGUUGCAGCAGCAAUGUGCAUCACCUAUUGGAAUGAUGAGAUAAACCCCGCAAGUUGGGUUGCCAUCUUCUAUGUCUUUAUUUAUGGGAUAAACAUAUUCGGGGUCAAAGGAUACGGCGAAGCUGAAUACUAUUUGACUAUUCUCAAAAUCAUAGCCAUCGUCGGGUUUAUAAUAUUGGGAGUUGUACUAGUGUGUGGUGGAGGACCAACACAUGACUUUAUUGGCGGAAGGAAUUGGCACGUCGAGAAAGGUGCUUUUGCCAAUGGGUUUAAAGGGGUUGCAACUACAUUUGUAACGGCGUCGUACUCCAUGGCAGGGUCUGAAAUGGUGGGGUUGGCAAGUGCAGAAACAAGAAAUCCAAGAGAAACACUCCCCAAAGCUAUUCGUCAAGUCUUUUGGAGACUUAUUUUGUUCUACUUCCUUUCAUUGACGAUGAUUAGUUUACUCGUGCCUUAUAACUCACCUGAUUUGCUUGGUGCUGGUACAUCAUCAACUUCACCUUUUGUCAUUGCUAUCAAAAACGGGGGAAUCCAUGCUCUCCCUUCAAUUUUCAACGCCUGCAUCUUGAUAUCGAUCCUUUCGGUAGGCAAUUCAGCUGUAUAUGGAUGCUCACGUACAGUACAAUCAUUGGGUCUUCAAGGAUUGGCGCCUCAAAGUUUUGCAUACGUCGACAGAAAAGGUCGCCCAUUGGGGGGAUUAGCCCUCUCAGCAUUGUUUGGUUUGCUCUGCUUCCUUGCUGCAUACAAGAACCAAGGCACUGUUUUCAAUUGGCUCUUGAGCGUAGCGGGACUUGCAACUAUAUUUUCAUGGUUUAAUAUUGCAUUGUGUCAUUUCCGUUUCAGACAAGCAUUACACGCACAAGGAAGAUCGAUUGAAGAGUUGACUUUUACUUCUGUCACUGGUGUUUUUGGUUCAAUCUACGCAAUGGGGUUCUUACUCACAGUCUUGGGAAUUCAAUUUUGGACUGCGCUAUUUCCAAUUGGUUCAAAAGAUGCCGAUGCCGAGCACUUUUUCCAAAACUACUUGGGAGCUGUCGUCAUAUUGGUUUUCUAUGUUGGUCACAAACUAUACACUAGAAACUGGAAGAUUUGCAAACUGUUGAACGAUAUAGACAUUGAUACCGGCAGAAGGCAAGUUGAUCUAGACUUGAUUCGGGCGGAACUCGAGGAAGAAAAGCUUUUGAACAAGCAAAAACCACUCUACAAACGUAUUUGGAAUUAUUGGUUUUGA